ACUUAGCACCUUGCUCCAUGUCCCAAGCUCUCAUUCACGAGCCGCGCGGCGCGGUUGAUAGCUUUCAUCAGACUCCGGCCAUCGAAGACCCGGCUCUGGUCAUGGAGGGCCUGUACGUGCACAUCGCCAGCAAGCUGGAGGCCAUCAGGCUCGGACAGGACGGCGCCAAGACCUACAAGGUUCUGGACCCCAAGGAACUCAAGUCUGUGGAGCUGUGGCGAGCCGUCUUCGCCGAGUUCCUUGCUCAGAUCCUCUUCGUCUUCCUGGGAUGCGGGUCCACCAUGUUCGUCGAGAAGGAUGCAACCUUCUGAAGCGGUGAUCAAGAUUGCCUUCACGUUCGGCCUGGCCAUCAUGGCGCUGAUUCAAAUGAUUGGACACGUCAGCGGCGGUCAUAUCAAUCCAGCUGUUACUAUAGCCAUGGCGGUGACGCUGAACAUUUCCAUCGUACGAACCGUCCUCUACAUCGCCGCUCAGGUCACCGGCGCCCUCAUCGGAGGAUUCCUCUUGAAAGGGUUGAUACCAGCCAAUAUGACCAAGAGCGAACUCGGCGCAACUAUGGUUCAACAAAGGGAUGACCGCAGGGCAAGGCGUGGGCGUGGAGAUCAUCCUCACCUUCGUCCUUGUCAUCGUCAUCUUCGGCACGACUGACCCCAACCGGCCAUCUUUUGGAAGCCCGUCCCUGCUCAUCGGUUUAACGGUCACGCUCCUGCACCUGUUGGUAUCAAAUUUACUGGUUGCGGCAUUAACCCCUCGCGCUCGCUUGGCUCAGCAGUUGCAGCCGGAGUACAAAGACCAUUGGGUCUACUGGAUUGGACCCAUCCUGGGUGGAGUUCUGGCUGCUGCAGUCUACAAGCUGAUUAUUAACCCAUACAGAGGAGCCCCCUCAAUGGAAGAUGCUGUUCAGAAAAUGCUGCAAAAUGAAAAUUUUGUGGCCAUUCCACGUGAUUAUUUCAAGGAAGCAAAACAAAAAGACAUCGAGCUUGCACGUCUCUAAGCAACGGAACAAAUUCUGCAAUUUUUUCCAUGCCAUGCUUUUAACCCAGGAUUUUUU